UGCCCUCUGUCGCUGAGUGAGCCGCAGUCUCUAGAGCACCAAGGUGUUUCAGUCGCCCGCGGCCAGCCUCGCCCGCAAACCCGGUGUUGUUGGGCUGCAUCCCGAGCGGGGACGUUGGCGGAGUACGGGAAGCGGCCACCAUGCCGAUCAAUAAAUCCGAGAAGCCAGAAAGCUGCGAUAAUGUGAAGGUUGUUGUUAGGUGCCGGCCCCUCAAUGAGAGAGAAAAGUCAAUGUGCUACAGACAGGCGGUCAGCGUUGAUGAGAUGAGGGGAACCAUCACCGUCCAUAAGACCGAUUCUUCCAACGAACCUCCAAAGACAUUUACUUUUGAUACUGUUUUUGGACCAGAAAGUAAACAACUUGAUGUGUAUAACUUAACUGCAAGACCUAUUAUUGACUCUGUUCUGGAAGGCUACAAUGGGACCAUUUUUGCAUAUGGACAGACUGGGACAGGCAAGACUUUCACCAUGGAAGGUGUCCGUGCCGUGCCGGGGCUCAGAGGAGUCAUACCCAACUCAUUUGCUCACAUAUUCGGUCACAUUGCAAAAGCAGAGGGGGACACGAGGUUUUUGGUUCGAGUGUCAUACUUGGAGAUAUAUAAUGAAGAAGUUCGAGACCUUUUGGGCAAGGAUCAGACACAGCGGUUAGAGGUUAAAGAAAGGCCUGACGUGGGAGUGUAUAUCAAAGAUUUAUCAGCUUAUGUGGUCAAUAAUGCUGACGAUAUGGAUAGAAUCAUGACACUGGGCCAUAAAAAUCGUUCUGUUGGUGCAACUAACAUGAAUGAGCACAGUUCAAGGUCCCAUGCCAUCUUUACAAUUACUAUAGAGUGUAGUGAGAAAGGUGUUGAUGGAAACAUGCAUGUCAGGAUGGGGAAGCUCCAUCUUGUGGAUCUCGCUGGGUCAGAAAGACAAGCGAAAACUGGAGCCACAGGACAGCGCCUCAAGGAAGCUACGAAAAUCAACCUUUCACUCUCCACCCUGGGCAACGUCAUCUCUGCCUUGGUGGAUGGGAAAAGCACGCAUGUGCCAUAUCGGAACUCUAAACUGACGCGUCUUCUGCAGGAUUCCUUAGGAGGGAACUCAAAAACCAUGAUGUGUGCAAAUAUUGGGCCAGCAGAUUAUAAUUACGAUGAAACCAUCAGUACCUUGCGAUAUGCCAACCGAGCCAAGAACAUUAAAAACAAAGCAAGAAUUAACGAAGACCCUAAGGACGCUCUGCUUCGUCAGUUUCAGAAAGAAAUAGAAGAGCUGAAGAGGAAGCUUGAGGAAGGGGAAGAAGUUUCAGGCUCUGACAUCAGUGGGUCAGAGGAGGAUGAUAAUGAGGAGGGUGAACUUGGAGAAGAUGGAGAAAAAAGGAAGAAGAGAAGGGGCAGUAGCAGCAGCAGUAGCUCAGACUCCACAUGUUCUGUCAUAGAGAAGCCUCUGGAUGAGUUCUUGCCUCACCAAGCAGGUAAAAAGAAAGUUUCCCCAGAUAAGAUGGUGGAAAUGCAAGCGAAAAUUGAUGAGGAGAGAAAAGCAUUGGAAACAAAACUUGACAUGGAAGAAGAAGAAAGAAACAAGGCUAGAGCUGAACUGGAGAGACGGGAGAAGGACCUUCUGAAAGCCCAACAAGAGCACCAGUCUUUGCUGGAAAAACUGUCUGCUUUGGAGAAGAAGGUCAUUGUUGGUGGUGUGGACUUGUUGGCCAAAGCUGAGGAGCAAGAGAAGCUUCUUGAGGAGUCCAAUAUGGAGCUGGAGGAGAGGAGGAAGAGAGCUGAGCAGCUUCGGAAAGAACUCGAGGAGAAAGAGCAAGAACGCUUGGACAUUGAAGAAAAAUAUACCAGUCUGCAAGAGGAGGCACAGGGAAAGACCAAGAAGUUAAAGAAAGUCUGGACCAUGCUGAUGGCUGCAAAGUCAGAGAUGGCUGAUCUCCAGCAAGAACAUCAGAGGGAGAUUGAAGGCCUCCUGGAGAACAUUCGGCAGCUCAGCCGCGAGCUUCGGCUUCAGAUGCUCAUCAUUGAUAACUUCAUACCUCAGGAUUACCAGGAAAUGAUUGAAAACUAUGUCCAUUGGAAUGAAGACAUAGGAGAAUGGCAGCUGAAAUGUGUGGCCUACACAGGAAAUAACAUGAGGAAACAAACCCCAGUGCCUGACAAGAAGGAGAGAGACCCUUUUGAAGUAGAUCUUUCCCACGUGUACCUCGCCUAUACAGAGGAGAGUCUGCGUCAGUCUUUGAUGAAGUUAGAAAGGCCACGGACCUCCAAGGGGAAAGCAAGGCCAAAGACUGGGAGAAGAAAGCGUUCUGCAAAACCUGAGACCGUAAUUGAUUCUUUACUUCAGUAAAUGUUGCAGAAUUAAGGUUACAAUAAAAAAGAGUGAUAUUCUCAUGCCUGGACAGAAAUCCUUAAUUAAGACACUGGGGACACCUGUGUAAUUCAUAUAAUGUAAACUGUAAAUUAUGGAGUGAGACUGGAUAACAAUUUUCCUAAUAACUUUUAGGCUCUUAAGUUUCUGUAACAUGUAAGUGUGCAUAGGUCAUGAUUGUUGGGGGAUGCCACGCUGUGCUGCAAUGCUCUGUGGAAGGAAGGUCGCAGUUCUUACAGAACAUUGUGGUUGUAUGUGAAUGUGUGUCUCUUAGCUAUGUACUCAGCUAUUGUGUAUCUAGAUAAGCAAAAUCUGAGUAGAAGAAAGUCUGUCUUGUUUGCACACAGUGCAUAGCAGAUCACCUUGUCCUGUGUCAAACGCCUGGGUGGCUCAUCUAAGCAGUGACUUCUCCUAAUACCCGACAGGCCUGUCUAAAUGCAUUCUGACUUUAUACUGAUGUUCAUUGCAUUUAAGUAUGAGAUGACUGACUUUAUGGAUCUCCUGUAGAAAAUUGUAUAACUUGACAAGUUUUGCAGGUUUGCAUUUUAAAGAUACAGUUUGAGCAUGUGCUUCAUCUGGCCGCCCUCCACCAGUUUCUCUCUCCCUAACUCCACCCACAUUUAGCCUUUCUUGUUGUUGCUGGCUUGGCUUCCCUCCCAAAGCCACCACUGGCCACUUCCCUUUGCUCACACACAUUCUUAAAGGUUUCCCUGGACAUAUGGAUUACACUCUAUUGCUGCAUUUUAAGUUUUGAUGGAAAUGACUGUAUACAAAUUGAAACCAGUCUCAUUUUUUCAGAAAAUAAAGCUAAACAAGAAGAAUACCUUUUAAUUUUCUUUAUAGCAUUUACAUAUAUAGAAAAUACUGUUCUGAAUUUCUUCUGUUGAUUAAUCCAGUUAGACCAUAUUCCUCUCCAAAAAAGUUAUAUUCAAUAUAUAGUCAAAUAAGGUUUCUAAAUUUUUUAUAAUAAAUGUUUUUACUUUUUUGGUGUCUACUUAUAAAAUUUUUUGAAGGUUAUGAGGUCUUGUGCUUCAGAAACUUAUCAUGUUUUCUAAGUUUGAAAUUGUGCGACCACUCCAAGCUCUUGCAAAGGUUUUGAGACUUCCCAAGUUAGGAAUAACUAGGUUAGUAUGAUUUUAACAAGUUUGGGUAAACAAUGGCUUAUAAUUAGAGAGCUAUAUGUAGGCUAUGAAUGACUGAGUAGAGGUACAGUCUGGUGAGGUGAUGGAAAAUGUGGCCAUAUAUCUGUGGAGUCUUCCAGAAAGAGAGUGUCCUGUAUGUGCAGUGUGUGCUGAUAUGACUAUGGCCAGUGUGGCAGUGUCCUCACGGUAGUGUGUGGCCUGGGUUCUGUGGCGCACUGAGCAGAGAGUGUGUCUCAUAAAGGCUUAUGUGAGCUAAGUGUCUUGGUGAUGUCUAAUUUCUUCAUGGUGUAAAUUUAACUGCUAGUAAUGACAGAAUCUUAAUUUAACCUGUAAGGAAAAUUAAUCUAUAUGUUUUCAUUUUAAAAGUCUGUGUUUCUAUCACUUAACAGUUUAGUUGGCCUGGAAGGAAUAUCUGCUGUGAAUUAAACUAAAACAUUAGAGAUGUUGAUUCUCUAAUGUGUGUUAAAACCUAUAACAAUAACAAAAUAACUCCAUAAAAACUGAAAAUAUUGAGAAAAUUCUCUAAACAUCUUAGUAAUUUUGUUUGCUUGCUUGUUUGUUGUUUUGAGAUAGGCUCUCUCGGUGUUAGCCCAGGCUGGCCUGGGAGUCAGGAUUCUUCCAGGUGCUAUGAUUACAGGUGACAUCAUAACACCAAACAGUGUGUUCAUGUAAGUGUUUGUGCUAAAGCUCUGACCAGGCGGACAUGGUUCAUUUUCUGAAAACCAUGUUAGAUUCUUUCCAGGUUGGGAGGUCCAUUUGAAGACGGCAGGACACCCACUUCUGUCACAGCAGCGCUGUGUCUUUGUUCACAAAGGAAUAGUUUGUAUUUUCAGUGUUGAUUUCUUGAAUGGAUAGAGAUGAAGAACAAACUUGCUUAAUGUUUAAAAUAAAUGUACAGAUUUUAAAUGAAUGAGACAGACCUAUAAAUAGGGUAAAAUAAAUUAAGUAAUAUUUCUUUACUUGAAAGGAACCCUUGUAGGAAGUCAUAUUGGCUCUGACAGCCAGGCUCUCCAUUCACUGUCUGUUGUUGUGAUGCUCAGGCUUAGCCAAGGAGAAGGCUGUGCAGCCAGUGUUUGCCUGACAACGGAGUCCUCUCACACGCUGUUUACAUUCUGGACAAGGUGAUUUUCUAAUUUGUGUUUUUGGCAGCUGGAAUAUCAAGGUUGUUUUGCAGGGGAAAGUGUUGCUUCAUCUGCGACAUGGUUAUGAUUACAGUUUUAAUGUUUUUGUUUUCAUCGUAGGUUUAGAAUGUGUCCCGUCCUCCUUGCCCCCUUUUAAGUCGUAGCACAAGGAACACCCUGUUACCUGUAGAGCUGUGAAUUGUGGACUGGGUGAAGUUUACAUUUACACACACCGCGUCUGCCCAGUUUCUCCUCCCUCUCUUCGUUCUGAGAUAGAGUCCCAUUAGCCUAGGCUGGCCACAAACCCUCUCUGUAGCUCAGGUUGGCCUUGAACUCCUGGUCCUCCUCUACCUCCACCUCACAAUUGCUGGGAUUACAUUUAUGCACCACUACACCCCAGCCCCUCUUCCCCCAUGUCUUAACAUAUAGAAUUAUUUUCUUCUUUAUUCUUUUUCUUUUAACUACUAGAAAACACAGUUCCUCCUAGUGCCUUUGAGCUGACCCUGCAGUUUUGACUAAUUAGAAUCAGUGGAAACCUGAGCAACAUCACUGUAUUGCUGUUACCAACCAGGAUACAAACUGUUUAAUAAGUUGGCUGUGUUAAUUCAAAAACCACACUUGGGUUGUAUUUUAUGUAUAAAUUGUAUUUGCUUAAGUUGUAUAUAUCAGUGUUGUGUGCACAUGCAGCAUGAAAAGAUGAGAAAUAAAAUUCCUCCCCAAUGCC